AUGUGCAUCGCCUACUUUGCCGACCAUCGAAGCUGCUACCACACCCAUUUCCUCGGUGCCUACCACUGCACCGACGCCCAUUGCACCGCUCAGCAUAUCUUCUACAUUGAAGAUAGUGGCAACGACUGCGAGACAUGCAUCGCCAUGCACGGGAAGCAACUGGACCCAGACUGCGUGCCUGUGCAAUACGACACGCCGGAUGAAGACUUUGACAUUGACUUCACGAAAGAGGGUGCAUUUGACAAGGUGGUAAAGGUCUCUCGAGGAGUCUACCAGCGCAGCGAAGCUAGCUUAUCGGACAUCGAUAGCGAAACAAGCCAUUGGAGGGAAGAUCGGACAACCGACGAGGAAGAGUGCGCAUUCAGCAACAAACCUACGCUAUACCGGGAACAGAACGGAAUCUCAGUUCCAGAGGGCCAUCAAGCAACCCUUUCAUCCCCAAAUACCACAGGACAUCGCGGCCUUGUGCGGGAUCAGCUGGCCUGUCUGCCUCAGAGUCCGGAGCCAGAAGGUGCUGGACCGUUCAGACCGUCGCCGAACACAACGCAGCAUCGCAACCUCGUCAACGACCAGUUGGCCCAUCUGCGCAACCACCUAGCGUACCAGCAACCCGUCCAACCUAUCGUGCUUCCGAACAUGCCACACGUGCCCUACUAUACCCCACCAGCAGAGGCUAUGGGCGCGCAAUCUCCAUCGCCAUUCUAUGAGGGCUAUCCAGCUCAUGUACAGAUGCCGUGGCCUCAUACAAAGAUUCCUUGA